GGCGCGAGAUGCCCCGCGACGAGAUGGCGGCGGUCUCGCUGAUCCAGCGGGUGGCCCGGCAGGCGCGGGCGACCUUCGGCGCGGGCGCGACGGCGGGCGCGGGCGAGGCGCCGGGCGAGCUGCAGCGGCUGCGGGAGCUGCUGGGGCAGGUGCGCGCCGAGGACCUGGGGCUGCAGCCGCGCGGGCCGUCUCCCGUGCCGGGCCCGCGGCAGCCGCCGGUGAGCUACAUGCACAUCUGCGAGACGGCGCGCUUCAGCAUGGGCGUCUUCGUGCUGCGCGCCGGCGCCUGCAUCCCGCUGCACGACCACCCGGGCAUGCAGGGGCUGCUCAAGGUGCUCUACGGCACGCUGCGCAUCGCCUGCCUGGACGCCGCCGGGGAGCCCGAGUCGGGGCCGGAGGGAGGCCCGGAGCCCGAGCAGCAGAACACCGCCGCCGCCGCCGCCACCACCAGCCCGCGCCCCCGCCGGCUGCGCGCCCUGCUGCGCUCGCACCGCCUCUACACGGCCGCCGCGCCGCCCUGCCUGCUCUCCCCGCAGCGCGACAACCUGCACCAGAUCGCGGCCGAGGGCGGGCCCGCCGCCUUCCUCGACAUCCUGGCGCCGCCCUACGACCCGGCGCGCGGCCGCGACUGCCACUACUACCGGCUGCCCGACGGACAGAGCCUGCCGCCGCCGCCCGCCGCGCCCGCCCAGCCGCGCCCGCUCUGGCUGCUGGAGACGCCGCAGGCGUCCGACUUCUGGUGCGGCGGGGAGCCCUACCCGGGCCCGCGCGUCUGUCCCUGAGCGCCGCCGCCGCCGCCGAGGAAGCCCGAGCGCCGCAGGACCGCCCGCACGUCCGGGGAACGAAGCAGGGAGGCUGGAGGGGAAGGGCCGAGCGCCUACCGCCCGCCCGCGCUUUUCCCUUCUUUGGCAGCGAGGCCCAGCUAUGCCUCUGGAAAGCUGGUGCCCACUGACCAGGACCACCACCUUUGUGCCAGCUGCCUUUGUAACUGGGGAGGAUUCUCCCUUGACCUUUCUGCUGUUCCUUAAAACUGGGUCUGCACCCAGGUGUGUCAACAGUGGUUCUGAAGUAAUGGAUUCCCCCUUUUUACUGUUGGUCAACUUACUUUGCACAACUUCUAUUCAAGGAAGAGAAAACAGGCUUGCUCUGAUGCCUGGUCUGCUGGUCUGGAAGCCUUUCUGUCCAGGUGACAGGAGGAAUCGCAAGGGAAUACCUACCUUCUGCCCGGAAGAGCUGUGAUUCUGUAGAACUGAACUUAAGACAUGCCCGAAGAAGAUCUGGGUCCUCUGUUGUCUCUUUCUUGCUUCAUGACUUGCUCAUUUAUACAGCAAACAAACCCUUUUGCUGUUCAGACAUUUUGUGUUUUGGAGUUGGAUUCAUACUUUCAAAACUCAUGGAGGAGAACAGUGUCAGAUGCUUCUUAAGCCAAUUCUCGUUUAAUGGAUGAUUACCACAGAAGUGCCAUUCUUGAGGCAAGCUCCAAGCCUUCUGUCUUUAUAUUCCAUUUCAGCUGUUGGCCUCCAUCAGUUAUGACUGUUAAACUUUUGAAAAUUAAAAUGUUCUUUGGGGGGAGAAAAAAAACUAAGUUAGCUCGGUUAAACUAAAACUGUGUAGAUGAGGUGGGAAUUCAGCUUAUGGCUUUAAACAGAUUUAGCUACUUGGGGUCACACAACUGCUUUCAGCCAAUAAAGAGAAAGGUUGUUUACAUUAAAAUAGCACAUAGAUGGGAUAGAAUUCAGUUUAGAAAACAAGUUUAAUGUUUGGUGUUUCUGUUACAAUUGGCCUUUGCACUUUUUGAGCAAAGGGUAGUCAAGAUCCGUUAAAUCUCAGUACUCUAUAGAUUUAGACAUGAGAGCAACUUUAUUUCACUAUAGAGUAAUACCAUGACAGGUGGAACAAGAGCCUGAACAGAGGCAGUGGCCCGUUUUGUGGUGACCAGAGGCCUGGAAUUGAAGGCCCCCAGCGAGAGGCCGCAUGCAGUCCAGGCUGGGCUUCGGGAAGUUGGGUCCCUCCUGCCUCCAGACCCCCUCUCCUCUUUUCUCCAGCCUCCAGCCUAGGAGGACUUUCUGGGGCAGAUCUGGGAAAUUGCUUUGGAUGGGAUGGGAAGGGAAUCUUUUCCCCAUUUUCUGCUGAUGGGCGGCUGAGACUGCUUAGCUUAGUUGAGUAAGUGAGCAAGCUGAGCUUAGGCUGAGCGGAUCCAACCACUGGGACUCCACUCACUCAUGACUCUUUCAACUGGAGAAAAUGCAAUUAAUGUUUGUAAGUUUUAAUGGGCCAUAGUAUAGUUAGAGUAAUAAGUCUAUUCCAGAAAUGCAUUUGGCUGGAGGCUACAAGGCCAGUGCAGAUGGCCUUUCAGUGGUCUGGUGCCUGGUUUGUUUCUGCAGCUAAGCAGCUCAGUGGGCCAGAUGGUGACCCCCACUGAAAAUUGGGGGGGGAGUGUCUUUGUCAGUUGAGGUGUUAAACCUGAAAGGAGCUUUACACAUGCUGGGGGUUUGUUUUUCUACAGAAAAAUGAUGAGAAGCCAUGCAGAUGUCUCUUAGUAAGUGGCAACAGUAAUUCGGCCCUCUGAUUUUAGUGCCAUUCUAGAAUCUUUCCAGUCCACUUUUUGUUCCACACCAUAAUUCUUGUUUAUUGGCACCAAUAAGAAGGAUAAUAGACAAGUCCAGGUCAAAAUAUCCAUGGAAGGUUUGCUGAAUGGAAUUGAUGUUUCACAGCUUCCAGCAAGAUUAUAAUUUGGAGGCCACUAAUUCUCCAUCCCCUACACGUUGCCAAGAAAAGGGGUGUUGUUCUAUAACUGGUAGGUAUAAACCUCCUAUGCUUUAAAUUGCUCAUUCUUAACUUCGUGAAUGCAUACAUUGUGUUAUAUAGUAUCUGAGGACGGCUGUAUAGCCUGACCACCUCUUCCCAUUAUUUGAUGCACAUAAAACUGCAUUUGGUUUAGAGCAGAAUCAUGUCAUUUUCUUACAUCGCAUGGUGCUGUUCAAGGAUGCUGCCCUAUUCAACUACUGGCACUUGUGGGAAAUUCUAUUUGGGCAAGUUGCCAAAACCACAGACUUUUCCUACAAGAGUACUAUGCAAAACACUGAAGUGCAAGUUUUCUCCUUGCAGCAAUUAUUUUUUUCUCCAUUGAGAGACAUUCACAAUUGUGACUACUUCCUUGACAUUUUGGCAUAGUUGUUUUCUUCCAGAUUCAGCAUAAUAUGGGCCUUGCUCUGUUGGUGUAGCAGAGUAAGGUGGAGGGAAUUCUCUGUUGUGGUAGAAACACCAAAACAUUUUAAAGUCAGGAAGGAUGCAUUUUUGGUCCCCCAGAUAAAAGGUUCCAGACUUUUCUACCACUAUUGCUUGGAUGUGUCUGCCAGCCUUGAGGGGGUUCAGGAUGUGAGCAGGAUAAUGUCGUGCCUGCUAGCUGAUGAGCACCGCUGAACUUCAGCCUUGCUGAGGGGCUGCUGUGUUCAGUGGAAAUCACUGCUGCUGAGGAACUGCGCGUCAAGUUCUUUCUGAAGCCUAAGCAUUUCCUGCUGAACACCGCAGGAUUUGACUUGUCGCUUCUGUUUAUCUCAGAAUGUUUAUAUGUGACGAAGGAAUUAAAGACAAUUAAACAUGAGAGCCAGUCUGGUCUAGUGGUUAAGGCACCAGGCUAGAAACCAGGAGGCUGUGAGUUCGAGAUUCGCCUUAAAGCUGGCUGGGUGACCUUGGGCCAAUCCCUCUCUCAGCCCUGGGAAGCGAGCAAGGGCCAACCACUUCCAAAAAUGCUGCCAAGAAAGCUGCAGGGACUAGUCCAGGCAGUUGUCAGGAGUCAACACUGACUUGAAGGCACUAAAUAAAGAUGAAAAGAAAAAAUGAAAUAUUUACAGUUUCAUCAAUCUUUCAAUUUGCAACAGACAAAUGUUAAACCAGUACAGUGGUUGCAAAAAAAUGCAAAGGCAAUUUAAAUACUUGAAAGACAAAUUGAAAAGAGCAAGUUAAAACUCUACCUAAUGUUUUCCCCAAAAUACAAGGUCUGCGCCGUUUUCUUGAAAGUCAGCAAAGGAGAAAUAAACGAAGGCUCCUCUAGGAAACUGUUUUACAGCCUUGGCAAGCUUCUAAGUAAACAUAAUAUUGGUGUGGCCUGUUA